CCCACCUCCCCAGUCUCCGGCCACAGCCUCUGAACCCACUGCCCACUGGGAGGCCCCAGCCCGCCCCUUGGGCCACAGGGUCAUGGCGUGUGGGGCCGCUUAGGUGGAAGCGGUGAUGUCUCAGCUGCAGUGCCCUUCGUGGUGUUACGAUUUCCAAGCAGUUCCGUCCUGGUGACUGUGCCCAGGUUAUGACGACUAAUCCCAAACCAAACAAGGCAUUAAAGGUCAAGAAGGAGGUGGGCGAGAACGCCCCAGUGCUCAGCGACGAUGAGCUGGUGUCCAUGUCGGUGCGGGAGCUGAACCAGCACCUGCGGGGCCUCAGCAAGGAGGAGGUGACACGGCUGAAGCAGCGCCGGCGCACACUCAAAAACCGUGGUUACGCAGCCAGCUGCCGCAUCAAGCGGGUGACACAGAAGGAGGAGCUGGAGCGGCAACGGGUGGCGCUGCAGCAGGAAGUGGAGACACUGGCCCGCGAGAACAGCAGCAUGCGGCGCGAGCUUGAUGCCCUGCGCGCCAAAUACGAGGCCCUGCAGACCUUCGCCCGCACUGUGGCCCGCGGGCCCGUCGUGCCCACCAAGGUGGCCACCACCAGCGUCAUCACCAUCGUCAAGUCUACCGAGCUCUCCUCCACCUCUGCACCCUUCUCUGCUGCAUCCUAGUGCCCACGGGUGUGAGGGGUGCGUCCCCCAUGCCUGUCAGAGGGCCCCUGCAACAGACUCUUCACACCCACAUCAAGGUGCAGACUGCGAUGGGGCUGGGGCAGCCCAUGCCAGGGACAGGCUUGUAGGUGCAGGAUGGAGAGUAGGCUCUUGUGAGCCUGCAUGCAUCGCACCACCCCCACACGCACACAUGUGCAUAUACACUCACACACCCCGUCCUUUCUCCCCAGAAGAUGUGACUGUUCCUAGGAGUUGGUGACUUGCCCCCACAGGAGAUAGGAUGCAUAGAGGGAAGUCCUUAGAAGGUCAUGCCGUCUCCUGCAGGGUCUGCCAGAAGAAAGGGCCCUGGGAGUCAGGCCCCUGCGGCCUACAGGGUGGGAGUCUUGUCUUCCAGAUUUCCUCCUGUGAGUAGCCUGUUGGUGCCUGGGCUGUUGUGGCCCAUCAGCCGGUGCAGGAGCCUCCCUCUACCCUGACAGAACUCCCGCAGCCCCAGAGGGGGAGUGCGACCGCAGAGUGUGCUGCUGGCAAUCCUGUUCUUCCAGCUGUCCUGUCCACACACACAGUGACCUGCUUUAGCCCUUAGUGUGAGGCCUGUGCCCUGUAAAGCAGAUAAGGGAAGGGCCGCCUAAGCGGGCCAGUGUGUGUGCAUGUGUAUACACAUGUACAUGGUGUGUGUGCAGAGGCAUUUCUGCUGUCACAGCAGCAUGCUGGUAGCAGCAUUGGGGGCCUUGGGGGAGUGGCUUGGUGGCUGGUUGUAUAGGGAGGGCCUGUGGGUAUGUGUGGCAGAGAGUUGCACGCAUGUUGUGAAGUUUUCCCAGUGUCUGGUGACCCAGGGAGGUCGCCUGGUGAAGCUCAGUAGUAGCUGCCUGGCUGCAGGACACCCAACCCUGCAGGCUGGUCCCUGGGUGUCUGUGGAGAUGAGGAGCAGGAAAGUCCCAUUACUGAUGAAGAGCAGUCCUCAGCUGGUUUCCUGGAGCUACUUCUGACUGGGUGUGCUCAGUGUCGAGGAGAAUGUGGAGGUCUUUCGGGGGUACAGAGAUGGGCUGCUGCAGCUGGGAGAAUAGCUGAGUCUUUAGGAUGUUGGUGGAGGUGCGGGCUGGGCAUUCUUUGAGGGAUGAGCUGGCAGCCACCUGUGGUUUCUGCUGCUGGGGAGGAGGCAUAUGGGUGGGACCCAGGACACAGGCCCCUGUGACAUAGAGGAGGCCCAUGCAGUGAGGAGUGGAGAGUCAGAGGGUGUGACAGGAGGGGAGGUGGCUGGGCACUGGGCCAGGAGAGCCCUAUGGGUGUGCUUCCUGUGCUCAAAUCAGCCAGGUGCACCUUGACAAGCUGUCGGUGGGUAGACAGGACUCUGCAACUUGGUGCUUGGCCAUCGCCUGGAACCUGCUUUGUUCCUGGCACUCUGAGCCACUGAUGAUGGCCUCGAGGAACUUUCUUGGGCUUCCUUCCUCUGCCUUUCCUGUGACUGGGACCUCAGCAGUCGGUGGGGGCAGUGGUCCUAGAGCCUCUGCCAUCAGCCAGAAGUCCCAUGUAGGACAAGCAGAGGCAGUGCAGGAGGCUUCAGUGCCUCAACGCCCAGUUCCCUCCCAGUCCUCCCCUCACUGAGAUCCCCAGCAAGCUACAACCUCUCGUGUAAAGUGUUGACCACGUCAGGAAGGUGUAGGACAGGCUGCCCCUAGGGCAGCAGCUUGAUUCUGGGUCUGCUGAUAGAAGUAAACAGAAAGUGUCUGGGUUUGGCUGGCCAUUCACCAGGUCCUGGGGGAGUGCCAAGGAUUAGGCCAAGCUGCGGGCCCAACCAGUGCUGGGGGGUGUGCUGGAUCUUAGAGCAAAAGGCCCAGAUGUUUUUUAAAAAGCUGUUGAUACCAUAGCCAUGGUAGGUAAUCCAUAUUGGAUAUCAAUAAGGACCAUGGGGAAAUAUUUAAAGAGAGAGAAAAAGAAUAUAUAUAUAUAUAUAUAAAAUUAUAUACACAUUUUAUCAUACACAUUUUCGUAACAUUUUCUUUUCCAGUUUGAUACUGUAACUUUAUUAAAGCAGAGCCACAUUGGAUGGUUGGGUGGGAUGGGAGUAUUGGCCUCCUUCCUGGCUGCCUGCUGCCUCCCCUUAGUCUUCCUGUGGACAGUGCCAGGCAAACUGGAAGCAAGGCCUGCCCUCCUGCCCCCAGCAGGUGUUGCUCAGCAGCAAGGCACCCCACUGUGGGCUGCUGCAGGUUGUAAAUUCUGUCCAGUAAUGGGAAUUCCAGUAAUGGGAAUUCUUGGUGUCCCCAUCCUGUGGGACAUUUGCAGGCAGGUGACUGUCGGUUGUGGGUGGCUGUCACCCCCAGCCUUAGUGCUUUGCUGGAGUGUCCUCCUCCUAGGCCUUCAGGCUGGAUAGAGCUACCCUCACCACCAGGGGGUGCCUCUGCCCAGGCCUUGCUGCCCAGGAUCAGGGCCAGGAAAGGAAGAUGAGCAAGCUCUGCUUUUCCUUUCACAUCAUUGAAAUUUCAUUGUCACGAUUUAAUAUAUGGAUUUUUUUUUUUUAAUUUAAGAGAAAAGACAAGGACCUCUCUGUCGUGUGGGUUUGUUUUCUGUCUCUGUGCCUCAGAUUUCCCAAAGCAGGCAGAUCUUUGCUUUUUCAAAGGCAAUAGGGACCCUCCGUCUGCUGCAUCUCGGCUCCAGUUUCUCCUGGCCUCUGUGCUACUCGGCAGUUUCAUUUCAAUAUUUAUUUUUGUGCUGCUUUGUACCGUGAUAUAAAUUAUUGAGAAGGGGUCAUACGUGUGGACCCUUAUUGGGCGCAUGGCCUGCGCUCGUACCCCGCCCUGCCCCCGUCUCCACCACCACCUAAUUUAUUGCUGUACAUCUCGCUGCUUGACUGCUUUUGUACCUUUGCAAUAAAGAAUUUUGUUUCAGA